CGCGAAUCGCGGAGAUUCAUCAGGGAUUCAGCCCAGCCUUGAAUUGACUUGUUUAGUAUUAAAACUGCAAAAUCAUAUGUUGGUUAUUUUUAAUUUUUACAAUGUUAAGAAACUAAACAACGUAAAUAGAAUCAUAAAGUUAAUUAAUAGUGGAAUAAUUUUCAGAAAAUAUGAGUAAACCACGUCCAAGUAAACGUAUGUCCAUUCGUGAUAAUAAGCAAUUUGAUGAAAUUAAAUACAUUAAAAAUAAUGAAACUAUAAAACUUUCAAGACCUUUAGAAAAAUUACAACAAAAAGAUAUAAAUGAAGACGAAAGUAGUAAAAAUGAAUUGAGUGAUUUAUCAUAUGUGGAAGAGGUCUUCAAUGAUAUACAAUACAGAAGAGAGUCAAGUAGUGGAGAAUAUGAAACUCACACUAGAUUCAGAUAUCCACAACAAAGAAAUACUCCCAAUGAUAAUAAAACAUUUAAUUUAGGUUCUUCAUCAUCACAUCAUCAUUUACAAAAUAUUAAGCUUGAAUCUAAAAAAAAUAAUUUAAAACAAGUAAAUCAAAAAAUAUCUAAAAAUACAACAGUUAAUAAUAAUACAUACACUUCAUCAUGUUGGAGGAAUAGUGGAAGUCUUUUGUUGAUCUUUGUUUUAAUACUUAUUGGAUUUUUGAUAUGUUUACAGUACAAUAAAUAUAACUAUGAAACUGAUGAAGACUUUAAUGUUCUUAAAUGUCAAAAAGAAGAUGUGCAGUGUACAACAGAUAAUGUAAAAAGAAUGUUAAAAUCUAUUAAAGAUAAGUAUAAUAAUCAAGAUAAGGAUUUGUGGGGAAAUCUCUUUAUUGGAAUAAGGAACAUUAUUAAUCAUCCUAAAAAGCCAUUUAUAAUGAUAUUACUUGGAGAUAAAUCAGACCCUUUAAAUUGUUUGGCAAAACUAUUAGGUAAAGUUAGUAGCAAUGCUUUGAACAGUGGUUUAUUACAACUUACUCCUGAAAAAUUUGAAAACGAUGUGGGAUCUGUCAUAACAUCAUUGCGUUCACGUAUCAAAGAUAAAAAGACUGUGAUUAUAUGGGACUUAUUAAAUAUAAAUGAAGAAGCUUUAAAAGCAUUUCACAAUUUAUGUGAUAGAAUCAAUCCCCUAAUUGAAGAAGUAAUUUAUAUAAUAACUAUUAUUGCAGAUGAUUAUGAUAAAACAAUUAAACCUCUUGAAUAUGUUGAGAAGAAACUUACUAAAAAAUUAUCUGGCAAACUGGAGAAAGAUCUUAUUCAGCCUUUGAUCACAAGGAUCACAGAUGGUCUUAUUGUGUCAGUAAAACCUGAACCAGAUUUAAUAGAUUGUCAAUUGCCCACAGUUUGAAAAU